UUGUCCGCCUAUAUAUAUAUAUAUAAAUCAUUCGCAGUUCUUCAACGCGAUUUUACAGGCGGACUUUUUUCUCCAACAAUCCCUCGCUGCCACUCGCCAAGGGAAGAGAACUAACCAUGGCUGAUCAGGUUCAACAUCCCACUAUCUAUCAGAAGGUUGCUGGUCAGCUCUCCCUUCAGUCGAGGGUUGCUUCGGGAUUCCGUGCUUGUGAUGAUGGCUUCAGGAACCCUGCACUUUACCAGAGACGUGCAUCAAUCAGCAAUUAUUCAAAUGCUGUUUUUCAAUACCCUGCUGUGCAAUCUUGUGUUGCUACAACUGAUCUUUCUAGGGUGGCCACUACUGCCUCCCCCAUUUUUGUUGCGGCCCCUGCUGAGAAAGGAAACUUUAUGCUUGACUUUCUCAUGGGUGGUGUCUCUGCCGCUGUAUCCAAGACAGCCGCUGCCCCAAUUGAACGUGUCAAGCUCUUGAUCCAAAACCAGGAUGAGAUGAUUAAAGCUGGACGUCUGUCUGAGCCAUACAAGGGUAUUGGUGAUUGUUUCAAGCGUACAAUCCAAGAUGAGGGUUUUGGUUCAUUGUGGAGAGGAAACACUGCCAAUGUCAUCCGUUAUUUCCCCACUCAAGCAUUGAACUUUGCUUUCAAGGAUUACUUCAAGAGACUUUUCAACUUCAAGAAAGAUAAGGAUGGUUACUGGAAAUGGUUUGCCGGUAACCUGGCAUCAGGUGGUGCAGCUGGAGCUUCAUCCCUUCUUUUCGUUUACUCUCUUGACUAUGCUCGAACCCGAUUGGCAAACGAUGCCAAAGCUGCCAAGAAAGGUGGUGGUGGAAGGCAAUUCAAUGGACUGGUUGAUGUUUACAGGAAGACAUUGCAGUCUGAUGGUAUUGCUGGUCUUUACCGUGGAUUUAACAUUUCUUGUGUUGGUAUCAUUGUGUACCGUGGUUUAUACUUCGGUAUGUACGAUUCUCUGAAGCCCGUUCUCUUGACCGGAAAGUUGCAGGAUAGCUUCUUCGCUAGUUUUGCCCUUGGUUGGUUGAUCACCAACGGUGCUGAGAACUAA